CCGCUGUAUAUAAGCUGAGCUUCAUUAAUACUAUAGAUAAUACCUGCACCAGUUGCUUUACAUAGAGCAGACCAUCAAGAAUUAAUCAGUUACAGAUCCAAAUAAAAAUGUAGCGUUACAGAUGCUAGCAGGAAGAAGGUGUAGAACAUCCACAUCUUCCGAGUUUCCUGGGUUUACAUACAGCGGCGUUUCGGUGCUUUUUCACCGAGGGAACCCUAACGUAACUUUGGCAGCAAUUGAUACCAUAGAUAUAUAAAUACAAGGCAAUAACUCGACGCAGGAUUUGAUGAACUUUAAUCUUUAAAAUAUUCCGAGCAUAAUUACACCAAUAUGGCCAAUGUCAUUAGAUCAACAGCUGCAAAGCUCCAAAUCUCCCCCACCCUCGGGAUCAACGAGCUUGUCUUAAAGACACGUGCAGAGGGCAAAAAUGUUGUACACCUGGGUUUUGGAGAGGCUACAUUUCCAAUUCAAAAAGAUGUUCUCCGGAUAUAUCGAGAAGCCUCGAGCACGACAAGUUAUAUGCCGGUGGCCGGUACGGAGGAACUGCGGAAGUCAAUUGCAGAUUUUAAUGCAGAUCGUCUUAAUGUAACAAUCAGCCCCAAUCAAGUCGUUGUAGCUCCUGGCUCGAAGCCACUUCUAUUUGCCUUGUUUGAUGUUCUUGAGGGCGAUGUCCUGCUUCCUCGUCCGUCGUGGGUCAGCUAUGAGCCACAAGUACUACAUGCUGGAAAGAAGCUUUUCUGGGUCGAGACAGAUGCUCUUGACCGUCAUACCAUUACUGAGGCCGCUCUUACCGCUGCAUAUGAGAAUGCAAUCUCAGAAGGGGCUGACCCUCGAAUCAUGCUGAUAAACAGCCCUUCGAAUCCAACGGGACAUGUAUUCUCGGCUGACUGUAUCCAAACCAUCAAAUCUUUCUGUAAAUUGAAGGGGAUUGCUCUAAUCACCGAUGAGAUCUAUUCCGACAUCUGCUUUGAUGAAACCCAGAAGGCAAUCAGUGCAUUUGACAGUAAAUCCAACGAUUCCGAAACUGUUAUUCUCACCGGUGGCUUAUCCAAGACAUACUCCGCCGGGGGAUGGCGCGUGGGUUAUGCUAUCUUUCCACCCUCGCCAACAGGAGAAACGAUCCGCAAUACAAUACUAGCAUAUGCUUCCGAAUGUUGGUCUGCAGCCUCUGCACCUGCACAAUUGGCAUCCGUGAAGGCGUUCUCCACAUGCCAAGAUAUGGUCGCCUAUCGCAAGUCAGUGACUGCGUUGCAUAGAUACUGCUCAACUCGAAUGUACCAAACACUGAAAGAUCUCGGUCUUGACAUCGGAGAACCCCGCGGUGCUUUCUAUCUGUAUCCGUCUUUCUCCCCUUAUGCAGCCCAGCUUAACAAGCUCGGUAUCUUUACCAGCGCCGACCUUUCGACGUGGCUAAUCCGGGAGUGUGGACUUGCUGCCCUACCGGGCUCUGCCUUUGGAGAGGAUGAUACUGGGCCCAUGUUCGGGCGCUUCCGACUCCGAAUAGCUACGAGCUAUUUGUAUUUCCAGAAUGAGGCUGAUCGCUAUCAGCAUGGUUAUGCUUUGCUAGAGGCAUGUAGUUCAGGUCAUGAAAUUCAGCUUCCCUACUUGGAGGAAGCAGUUUACGUUAUUAAAGAAGUUAUUGAGAAGUUGAAAGCUAUUCCAGUAUAA